AUGAUGGCUGAGCAGACACCUGAACACGACCAUGUACCCUGGAUAACUGUAGACAAGCAACACUCUGCGGUAGCAGAGAAAGACCUCCGCUGCGCCAUCUGCACUUCUGCUGCUGGCGGUGAAGAAAGUCUAAGAGAGUUCUGUGCAGGGAAGGAAGGAUGCGACAAGCAGCAGCAGCAGCAGCAGCAGCAGCAGCAGCAGCAGGUGCUGCAGCUGCAGCAGGAGAAGGAACAGCACUCACAGCAGCAGCAGCAGCAGCAGCAGCAGCAGCAGCAGGAUGCUGCUGCGAAUCUCGUGGUGACAGACAUAUACCGCAUGGCUUCUCAGGAAGAAGUGUAG